AUGACACCCCCCAAGAGCCGGAGCGAGAUCCUCCAGGACCUCCGGCGCCAGAUCGCCAACGCAGUCCCCAUCGUCGGCGCUGGCGCCGGCAUCGGCCUGUCGGCCAAAUCCGUCGAGGCCGGCGGCGGCGACCUGAUCAUCAUCUACAACAGCGGCCGCUUCCGCAUGGCCGGCCGCGGCUCGCUGGCCGGGCUCAUGCCGUACGGGAACGCCAACGACGUCGUCUUGGACAUGGCCAAAGAAGUGCUGCCCGUGGUCCAGCACACGCCGGUGCUCGCCGGCGUGUGCGCGACGGACCCGUUCCGCGACAUGGGCCAGUUCCUGCAGCAGCUGCAGGCGCUGGGCUUCGCGGGCGUGCAGAACUUCCCAACCGUCGGGCUCAUCGACGGCCAGUUCCGCGCCCACCUCGAGGAGACGGGCAUGUCGUACGACGCCGAGGUGGCCAUGGUGCGCGCCGCGCACGGCCUGGGUCUGCUGACGACGCCGUACGUCUUCAGCGCGGCUGACGCCGCCAAGAUGGUUGCUGCCGGUGCCGACGUUGUGGUUGCGCAUAUGGGUCUGACUACGAGCGGCUCCAUCGGCGCGGCGUCGGGAAAGACGCUCGACGAGUGUGUUGAUCUUGUGCAGAUGAUCGCUCAUGCGGCUGCGGCUGUGCGCGAUGAUAUCAUCGUGCUGUGCCACGGCGGGCCCAUCGCCACCCCGGACGACGCUAGAUAUGUGCUGGCCAACACGCGCGGCGUGCACGGCUUCUACGGCGCCAGCUCCAUGGAGCGCUUGCCUGUCGAGCAGGCCAUUGCCGACACUACCAAGAGCUUCAAGGCGAUUCCUAUGGGGAAGUGA